AUGAAGUAUGAGGAUACAUCAGCUGUGCAGACUGUCGGACUCGCCCAUGAAGAGGGGGAACUUCCGUCAGACCAUUCGAAUUCUUCCUCGGUGGAAGACUUGCUAAAAGGUUGCGUUUCGAUUUUUAUUCAAAGAAUAGUUUUUUUCAGAAAAGGAUGGCGUCCUUUCAUCGUCUCGAGAUCGUCUUUUUUCGGAAAAGUCAGACAAAUCAGAUAAGAAGAAGAAGAAAAAGGAUAAAAAACAUAAGAAAGAUAAAAAACACAAAAAAGAGAAGAAACAUAGACGCGAAAAAGACACGAGCGACAUCGAAGGUUGUUUUUCCCCAAUCAUGCUAACUAAAAGUAUGCAUUUAGAACCACCAACAAAAAAGAGAGCCGUUGUUUCUGAGCAACCUUCUGAGAAGAUCAAUGUUGAGGAAAAAUCAGUCAAGAAGGUCGAUAACGAAAGUUUACCAGUAGCUCAAAAAGUUGAAAAAAGCCAUGAUUCCGUGGGUGAUAAGAAAAAGGACAAGAAAGAGAGCGCUCGAGAGGACGCGAACGAUAUGAAGGAAAAAACGGACGAGGUUUUUAGAAAAGCGUCCUCACUUCUUAUAAAUCUCCUUCAGAAAAAGAAGAAUGAAUCGCGGAGUUCGGCGGAAAAAAGACGUGAGCGAAGUCCUGAAAAGUCUCGAGGAGACAGGAGCCGAGAGUCAGAAACAGGAAGGAACCGAGAACAGGGGUUAAGACGUCGAGGAUCGCCAGACCGUCGGAGGUCCGUCCGUUACUUUGCCUAUGAUCUCCCUAGCUCUCAACAUAUUCCUUCUCUGAAACGUGCCAAGAUUUUUUCAGGCCAGUUCAUAGAAGUGCGGAGCUUCAUAGAGAAAGAGAAAGAGAUAGAUUCCGGAACCGUGGUCGUGACCGAAGCAAGGAUCGCCCGAGGGACGACCGUAGAAGCGAGAGGUUCCUUUCUUGCGAAAAUUGUUUUUUCAGGAGUUUUUGCAGGUCUCUUGACAACAACCGCGGGAGAGGGGACCGCAGACACGGCCGAAGUAGAUCUCGUAACAGACGUCACAGGUCUCGAGAAGAUGAAGCUCGAGGCAAGCGAAAGGAAGCCAAGGCGGUCAGUUUCUUCACACUUUGUGCAAUCUAAGGUCGUAUGUAGAUAAAAUGAAAGAUAAUUUUUCUCUUUUGUUGAGGGCGGAGAAGGCCUGAAACUCGCUUCAGAAGCUUCGAAAAAAAAAUUUUCAAUCUGUAAAAACGAGUUCGAAACUUGUAAUUGCGCGUCAUAAAAAAAUAUUGAUGCAAAUUUUUCUGUUUUCUUCUUCCGUUCUUGAUAAACUGAACUAUUUUUUUAAGUUCCUAACUCCUUUUGACUUUCCGAGGACGAAUUUUAUUUUUUAUGCGCUCUCCGGGGUAAUUUUUUGGUAGAGUUGAAUUUUCAGACUUUGCGUGAACUUUUUCUCCGAUUCUACUAUGUCAAAAAAAAAGUGUUUCAGGAAGAAGAGGAAGACGCUCCAGCCGUCAACUGGGAUCUCUAUUCGGAUUCAGAUGACGACGAGGAGAAAAAGAUCGAGCAGCUGCGAAUUCGUCGUCGAGAGAUCAUGCAGAAGCUUGGAGGCAAUACGGAAGAAGAGAAAAAUGUGCGUCUUUGCGAGUUUUCUUGAGUCAUUGUCGGAUUCUGCAGAAAGACAUCUCUGUGUCCGUAGAAAACAGUUCGAUGGAUAGUGAAGAUAAUGAGGCCUCGGACAGCGAAAAGGAGGAGAACAGUUUGAUUUUGGAAGCGAAGAAACUCGUCAACCAGGUUAUUUUCUCAGUGAAAUUUGGCUUCGUAGUUGUUCAUGAUCUCCAACGCUCUAUUGAGUGAGUGAAAAAAAAGUCUAAACAGAUCACAAAAAGUGUCGCUUCGGAGUGUUACUUUUUUCGUUUUUUUUUGAGGUAGUGUUUAAUAGUGAUUACGGUUCCAUAUAGAGGCUGUGUUUACUUGGCUGAAGAUUGGUUCUUGUUAAGACGCGAAUAGGAAGCGACACUCCGACGACGGCGAGUGGAAGGUCGACGCCUGCCGAAGGACGCGAAGAAACGCCAGAAGGCGUCGACUCCCCCUUCGAUUUCUACGCAGAUUUGAAAGAGAAGAUGGUCCAUCUCAAGUGAAUUUGCUCUUCCUCCUUUUUACAUUUUUUCAUGUUCAGAGGGGCCGAUGAACAUAACGUGGACGAAGUAUUGAAAAGAAGUCGAGAGGAGGAGAAAAAGGCAGAGAUGAACUUCAUAGAGGCCGACGAGCCGAAGGAAGUCCAGCAGGUUCCAGAAAAAGUUUUCUUUCUGAGAUAUCGGUCUAUAAGCCAUCUUUCCAGAGCGAGAAAAAUGAGGACGUCGAGUUCGAUAUGUUCGCUGACAACGAGGUUCUCCCACUGGUUAGUUGAUUUUGACUCAGUCGUUAAAGACAUGUUUUUAUGAAUAGACAGUUGGUUGAAAGAAAAUAACUCUGUGAUGCUUGACAAGGGAAAAAAAUGAAAAAAAAGAUGAACAAAUUGUGGAAGUAAUAAAGAGUUGAAAAGUUUGUUGAUUUGGGAUUCCUUUCUUUCCUACAGAAGAGAUGCAAUAUAUGGAAAAAAAUAGGCUCAAGAAAGUUUCAGGUCGUAAUUCUAAAAAAAAUAAGUACUGACUAUGAAAGAUCUUCAUCUAGACCUCGAAAGAAAAUUUGAAAAAAAUUGUUAAGAAGUUUUGAAUUUCAAACCUUACCGAUUUAAUUUUCAAGUAAAUCAACAAAGCUGCUUCCAAGAACAAAUUUGGCAAGAAAAUUUGAAUCUUUUAUUCUGUCAAUAAUUGAUGAAAAUCGAAUAAUGCAGGACGGCAUGGUUGGGACGGUGGGUACACACGGAGCGAAGCACGAGACUCUCAAAGACAACUGGGACGACACCGAAGGAUACUACCGUCAGUGGUCGUGCCUUCGUUGAGUUAAUGAAAAAUUGUUGAAGGCGUUCGAAUCGGCGAAGUCUUGGACGACAGAUAUCGCGUCGUCGGCUACACGGGCGCCGGCGUCUUCGGAAACGUCGUCAGGUGCACGGACCAGACGAGGAACAACACCGUGGCCGUCAAGAUCAUCCGCAACAACGAAAUCAUGCAAGUUUCUCUUCGGAUCUUGCUAAUAUUUUGUACCUGCUUGAGAUUGGGAAAAUAAGAAGUUUUUUAAAUAAUUAGAGAAAAGUCUGUUAGUUUAGUUUCAAAAAUUUUAUGUUCAGUUUUUUCCUUGUCAGUUAUUUUCCGACCAUAUGAUACGUGGGAAAUUAAGUAACUCAAUAAAUCAAGAAACAGUUUGAUUAACAACAAUUUUACAAAAUAAGGUAUAAGAAAAAGUCUUCAGUCUCAGUCUUCACAAAGAUAAACAGAGGUUUCAGUUUUUAGGAGUUAGUAACGACUUCAAUGAGAAAUUCUAAAAAAAUUCUGAGAAAAAAAGAAUCUAAAAAAAGUUCUCGACCUCCAAAAAUUUUUUUCAGAGCGUCUAACGAAAGAAAAAAAUCAAAAAAACGAUUGUUCUUAUUUACUUUUUGAAGCGUUUUUCAAUUCUGAUUCGCCUCUGACAAUCAAUUCCCCAUAGACUUGGUCUCAAAGUGAUUUAUGUAAAAAAAAUUAUAAUUUCACGAUUAUUCACGGCAGGAAUGAGACCAUUUAUUUCCUAGGAGGAAGACGGGUUUGCGAGAGUUGGAAGUGCUUCGAAAGUUGAACGAGGCCGACCGAGAAGACCGUUACCAUUGCCUGCAGCUGUACCGGACCUUCACUCAUCACAACCAUCUCUGUCUCGUGUUCGAGAACUUAAGGCAAGUUGAGAAAAUUAUUGAAGCUCCCAUCAACGAGAAAAAAUUGUGCUCUUUAGACAACUCCCAACUCCUUAUUUCAGCAUGAACCUUCGCGAGCUGCUCAAGAAGUACGGCAACAAUGUUGGACUUCAUCUCAAAGCUGUCAGAAGCUACGCGCAGCAACUUCUACUCGCGCUGCGACUACUGAAAAAGUGUGGUCUCGUGCACGCCGACAUCAAACCCGACAAUAUUCUUGUAAUUCUUUCUCCAUUCUCAUUUAAGUAGUUAUGAUCGUCGUCAAAGGUCGCGCUGUUCAGCUGAGCCUUCAAGUAGACUUUUUUUUUUUUUCGAACCUCUAAUGGGGGUCGAACUUGUGACCCUGUGAACCGUAGACGUUUUGAUUCAUGCCUCAUUUUUACCUAUUAUUUUUCGAAAGCUAUUUCUAAAAAGAUACUUUUUCAAGGUUAACGAAUCGAAGUUGACUCUGAAACUGUGCGAUUUCGGUUCUUCUGGUCAUGUUCAUGAACAGGAAAUCGCCCCGUACCUCGUUUCCAGGUUCUACCGAGCUCCAGAAAUCAGUUAGUAUCAAGAUUUACCUCUCCUGGAUUGAUUUUGUAUGAUUAAGUGCUUGGAAUCGCGCACGACUACGCCAUCGACUUGUGGUCGAUUGCCGUCACGCUCUACGAGGUUUACACUGGUAGAAUCAUGUUUCCCGGUAAAUCCAAUAACCACAUGCUCAAGGUUCGUAUAAUUUCCUCUCUUCCACAAUUUUUUGAUUGUUCAAGCUAUUCACGGACGUCAAAGGAAAAUAUCCAAACAAACUGGUGAGAAAAGCUCAGUUCCGGGAUCAGCACUUCGACAACAAUUGCAACUUGCUUUACCACGAGGUCGACAAAGUCACACAGAGAGAUAAGGUUACUGCAAAAAUAAAUUCUUCAUAUUAAUAAGUUUUUUUUAGGUUACGGUACUGGCAAAUCUGAAGGCAUCUAGAAACCUUGACUUGGAACUUAUUGGCGACCAAGACUUGAACCGUGAUGGCAUUGCCCAGGUAUUAUUGUCAUCUGUGCGCUGUUUGGUGUAGUGGGAUAUGGGGCCGUGGGGGUCACACACGUUGCUGGUUCGACCCCUCUUCAAGGUGGCAUUCUGUUCCUCGCUGCAUCCCGAUUUUCUGAUGCAGGGAUUUUAUGAAUGCCUAAAGAAAGGAGAAUUGUUGCGUGGCUCAUCUUCCGCAAGAUUUUCGGAAAUGGCUGAUUGGGACACUUCUACAAUCUAUUUUGCUUCUAUUUUCAAAUCCUUACCGAUUUCCAUCUAUUUUUCAAUUAGAUGUGUUUCAGGUGCAAGUCUUCAGACAACUUCUCGAUCAAAUGUUGGUUUUGGAGCCGAGCAAACGGAUAACAUGUGGCGAAGCGUUGAAACAUCCGUUUUUCACUCAGAAAUGA